AUGCGUUCCCCCGUGAGCCAAAGAAGCUAGCAUGUCUGACAGCUCGCCUGUACUGCGUCCAACAGAAAAUCAUCUCAUCCAGGUCCAGCUGGGACAGUUCAAAUCUCCCCUUGAAGCAGUCAGACAUGACCAUGUCAAACGGUACUAGGGUGAUGCAGCAGGCACGAUAAGCAUGGCAGUGCGCCCCAGUGUACGAGGAUGGGAUAUAUGCAGAGCAAAGAUUUAAAUACCGGCGCUAUACGGGCCUCCCCUUCCCAAGUCAAGUUGUUGUCCUCCUCCUUGGGUCGAGCUGCUCCUGGUCGCGAGGAAAGAGGGGUAGCUGAAGUUACUCCCGGUGGAAGGAGGCAGCAGCAGCAGCCGGAUCUGGCCAUUCAUGGUGCGGAUUGAGCGGUGUGGUGGUAAUUGCAGGUCGAGGUCCAACCUCUCCGCAGAGUCCAUGUUCAGUGGCCGGCUGACCCACCUCUCUGGGGCGCAAGGUCAGGGUGUUCAUGUACCCGAGCAGCAUCUAAGAGUCCUAGAAACGCUCCACGGUUGCAGCAUAAGUAAGAUGGCCGUGCUCCCUCGCCACUGCUGCCCUUCCCUCUUCACAGCAGUGAUCCUGCUCUUGUUCUGUCCAUCCCCGGCGUCGCCUCAUGCUUUCUUCAUCUUCGGCGACUCCCUCGUCGACGCGGGGAACAACGACUAUCUCGUUACCCUCUCCAAGGCCAACACCCCGCCAUACGGCGUCGACUUCUCGUUUUCUGGCGGCAAGCCGACCGGGAGAUUCACAAACGGCAGGACCAUUGCGGAUGUCAUCGGUGAAGCCUUGGGGCAGGAGAGCUUUGCUCCUCCCUACCUGGCUCCAAACUCUAGUGCUGAAGUGAUCAACAGUGGAGCCAACUAUGCUUCUGGUUCUUCCGGCAUUUUCGACGAGACCGGUUCCUUUUACAUUGGAAGGGUGCCACUAGGGCAGCAAAUCAGCUACUUUGAGAAGACCAGAGCUCAGAUACUGGAGACCAUGGGGGAGAAAGCCGCGGCCGAGUUCUUGGGGGAGGCGCUCUUCACGGUGGCUGCUGGAUCCAAUGACAUCCUGGAGUACCUCUCACCUGCAGUGCCAUUCUUCGGACGACAGAAGCCCGACCCUGCAGAUUUUCAGGACGCCUUGGUUGCCAAGUUGGCAUUUCAUCUGAAGCGGCUGAACGAGCUCGGGGCUAGGAAAUUUGUCAUCGCCGACGUCGGGCCGCUGGGAUGCAUACCGUACGUCCGCGCCCUGGAGUUCAUCCCUGCGGGCGAGUGCUCGGCGGCUGUGAACAAGCUCUGCGAAGGCUACAACAAGAGGCUGAAGAGGAUGAUCGGCAGGCUGAACCAGGAGACGGGCCCGGAGAGCGCGUUCGUCUACACCAACACCCACGGCAUCGUCAUGGAGAUCAUCCGGCAGCACCGUCAAUACGGUUUCGAGGAGGCGCUGGACCCUUGCUGCGGCGGCAGCUUCCCGCCGUUCCUCUGCACCGGCGUCGCCAACUCGAGCUCCGCCACCCUGUGCGAGGACCGCUCCAAGUACGUGUUCUGGGACGCGUUCCACCCGACCGAGGCCGUCAACUUCAUCGUCGCCGGCAGGAUCGUCGACGGCGGCGCCGCCGAUGCGUCGCCCGUCAACGUCCGCGCCUUGUUCCAGCGUCGAUACGGAUGAAC